CGGGUCGCGGGCGGAUAGGCGGCCGGCUAGAGAGCUUCGCCGGCGUGGCCUUCCCGGCUCUCCCGGCUCUCGGCCCAGCUCCGCCAUGGCGCCCAAAGGCGGCUCGAAGCAGCAGUCGGAGGAGGACCUGCUCCUGCAGGAUUUCAGCCGCAACCUGUCGGCCAAGUCGUCGGCGCUGUUCUUCGGGAACGCAUUCAUCGUGUCUGCCAUCCCCAUCUGGUUAUAUUGGCGAAUAUGGCAUAUGGAUCUUCUUCAAUCGGCUGUUCUCUAUAGUGUGAUGACCUUAGUAAGCACUUACUUGGUAGCCUUUGCUUACAAGAAUGUGAAGUUUGUCCUCAAACACAAAGUAGCACAGAAGAGGGAGGAUGCUGUUUCCAAAGAAGUGACUCGGAAACUUUCCGAAGCUGAUAAUAGAAAGAUGUCUCGGAAGGAGAAAGACGAAAGAAUCUUGUGGAAGAAGAAUGAAGUUGCUGAUUAUGAAGCCACAACAUUUUCCAUCUUCUAUAACAACACUCUGUUCCUGGUCUUGGUCAUUGUUGCUUCCUUCUUUAUACUGAAGAACUUCAACCCCACAGUGAAUUACAUUUUAUCCAUAAGUGCUUCCUCUGGACUCAUCGCCCUCCUGUCUACUGGCUCCAAGUAGAUGGCAUCAGCUUAGCCCCUGGGCUUUGCAUCUAUGGGUGGCCUUUGGUGUAUGGAAAAGUAGCAGGGUGGCCAGGGAGGGAGACACACAAGAUGUUUUUAUAGUCUGGAGUUUGAGGGUUUAAAAAACAUAAUAGAAUGUAACUCAGUGUUCGUUUAUUGGUUCUUUUUGACAUAUUGUUGAAAUUAAAUGGAUUGAAAGGGAAACUCAGAGUACCAGGACAUUUAUUAAAAGGCAAGAAGUCUUGCAAUGUGCUAGAAUCACAAGGGGAGAAAAUAACUUGUUUCCUACAUCUGUCAGAGGUCACAGUAACCUGGACUGAGCUGUCAUUAUUUAUAAUAGGAGGAAGAAGUUAAUAACUGGUGUGCUGUGUUCCAAGCACAAUAUUACAACUUUUUUGAACCAUGAAUCCUCUUCCCAGGGGAUUAAACAGAAGCCUCAUGGUUUUUUCUUUUUUUUUUCUCACAAGUCUCUGAAUUUGCAAUUUACAAUAACUCAAAAUUAAAAACAUGUCCUCUCCAACUUGGGGGAGAGAAACUUGUGGACAUUUUUUUUUUUUAAAGAAAGGCAGCCAAGGUAGUAACCUAAAAAUAGUACCCAGGCCUAUGAGAGUUGGCCUGCAGAGUUAAGGCACACACUGUUCAGUUGUAUGGCUUUGGCCUUGGGCAGUCAGGGAGGUCAGCUUGACCCUGCCAUGUUGAUUUUAUGUGUGAAGUCAUUGAAAUAACUGUUUUUCUUGACCAGGAUCUCAACACUAGGGCAGCAUAUUAAGAGAACCCCUUUCCUGAAUAUUGUCAUGUAAAAGACCAAAUAAUUUUUGUGAAUUUAGCUCUGGAAUUCAAAGAACUCUGUAAGGAAUGACUGUGGUUUAAAACGCUUGUCAGCAUUUUUCUAUUAGGACGCUAAUAAAAUUUGGCCCUUGAGCCCAAGGUUCCUAUUGAUUGUAAACAAAAUACUGAUCCCUUUAGUCUUUUAAGGGGUCCAGCCGAGAGCAGUCUCAUGUUCCCACACCCCUCAAUAUGUGCCAAAACUUCAAAAAGUUUAGGAACCUUCUUUACACUUAGAAAAAUAUUUAAUUUCAUAUUCCUAUUAGCUUUUGACCACAUCCAGUAAUUUCUUAUGAGUAGUACUUCAAAGGAAAAUAUUUCUAAUACUUAGUUUCCACUGAUAAAUUUAAGAUGAAUAUUAAAGAAGUGUUCACCAGGAGUUGAGCUGUUUCUCUGCUGUUGGAUGUUUUGGUAUUUUGUAUUUCAGAACUUGGAAGGAAGUUAGGAUGAACACAUGCGCACAGUGACCUGGUUCAUCAUUGUCCAUGUUCAGAAUUGUAUUUUUAAUCAUUGCCUCUAUAAGUUUCCUUUCUUUGGUGCAUUAUUGUUUGAGUGCCAUUACCAAAUAAUAGGAAACACAUGUGAGGUCAGGUGGUAUUUUGUUUUUUUUUGGUAAAAACGAGUCAGUAGUUUGGUGGUAUAGAUUUUGUGUACCAAUGUAUUUACUUCAUGAACUAGUAGACCAGUAUCUACUAUUUGUUACCAAAGCUGGGCUACUUUUUACUUAAGUGGUGGCUGAAAAUUUGCCACUAGAUGGCAGUGCCUGUGUAGACUGGGGAAAGUUAGCACUGGUCCUGGCACUGCAUGGCAGAGCUCAGAAGGGGUGGUGAGAAAUUGACUGGGAAAUGAACAUGCAGUUGUUUUUCUGUCUUGAAUGUCUCCUGUCUUUGUUUUUAAUCUUCUGAACGUUCUCUAACUUUCUGUACUGCCAGAUAAAUUUCUAUGCAUAGGAUCACAGUUCAUCAGUUUCCAUUAAGGAUUUAAGGUAUCAGUACUUAGGAAAUGCAGACCCUUUUCUCCAUCAUUGAAGGUGGCAAUUAGAAUUAUUAUCCCUGACUAAGACUUAGACAGUAGAAAUCUUUGGUAGGUUUUUUCUUAAAAAGACACCAUAUGUAACAUUAGUAAGAGAAGAGAUUCAAAGUGAUUACAUUUCUUUUUUUCAUACUUAUGAUAGGUAGAAACUUAGUUUAAACAUUUUCAUUUCUUAGUUUGUUCAUAUACAACUUAAUAGUAAUCUUGGAUUCAAAUUUACAACUUGUCCUAUUUGGUAUAUUAUUGUAACUUGGAAAGGAUAACUUGAAACAAGAUUUCAAGUUAAUUGAAAUAAUUGAAGUUGAAUUUAUACUCAAAAUUCUUAUGAAAGUCUUGCUUAACAGUAUGAUUAAAUUUUAUUUUUAAAAAUUG